AUGUCUUCCUCAUCCAACAACACGGACAGCCAACAGCAGGAUGCUCUGUCCAAACUUCCAACUGAGCUUCUACUCGAGAUUAUCAGCAAGGAUUAUCUGAAAUGGGAGGACCACUACAACCUCCGACGUACAUCAUCUCGCCUAUCACAGCUUGUUCUCGAGCCCAUGUACCAGGGAGGAGACUAUUGCAUCUUUCGCAUGGCUUGCUUUCGUGGUGAUCUCGAUACGCUAGCUGUCUGUGCUCUGUAUGACGCCGUACCGACCGAGUGCAGUCAGAAGAGCCUGUUCGCGGGUCCUUUGGGUCUCAUUCAGCCGGGACAAGGCCUCCACCCAAGUGAGACGGAGAAUGACAACUACAAGGAGUCUUCGUAUUUCAAUGCCUGGGGCGAUGGACUUCACGGACCCGGCGACAUUGUUACACUAGGAUUCUACGAAGGCAUGUUUUCUGCAGAGAGAUUCAUCGAGGUUUGGCAAUGGCUGUCGGGCCAGGGGUGUAAACUCUUCACUUUUAUGAAGCUAGGCUCCCAGAUCAUCAUGCUUUUUUCUUGCUUCUCGUUUGCUCUGCUAUCCAUGCUUCCAAGUGCUGCUGACAAAGCGCGUCAUCAACAGAUCUGCGACGUGAUUCAUUUCCUUUACAGCAAGGGCUUGAGAAUCCCUCAUCCGGACAGGAGACUUUGGGUAAGAGGAACGUGGCCAGCUUAUGAACCUCUAGCCAGGGAGAAUCGCCCAACCAUGCUGCAGACUCUGCUGCAGACUCUGCUGCAGACCAACUGUCCACCCUCCAUUGUUGAGCUCUACUUGAGACAGGUCAACGAUGAGGGCCUCGUUUUCGAUUAUAGUCGCACAUGGCUUUCAUCCCCGCGUGGAUUGGGAAGCAUCCCGGAAUUUCUCCACAUCCUGUUCGAUGAUAUGUUCGCUCCCUGGAUCUUCAAGGGUGACAAUACCCGUAGUAUGGGCGAUGAUCUCCAGGAAAAGAUCUGCUUACUCACCCAACAUCAAGGCGCCAAUGCUUUUGAGCUGUACAUGCUUCAGGACAUUGUUACUGCAUUGCGAAGGAUUGAUGCCAGAAAGGUAAGUCGGGGCUAUCUUGACUUUGACCGCGAUGGAGUGUGGUGCUGGUAUGAACUCUGCAUGGCAGUUGCUUAUAUCUCUGAUGAGAAUAUUUGUAGUCAAACGGUGGAUCUUCACUUCACUGACCCUGGAGACGCAGAGAUGAUUAACCCGUACUUCAGGAGAUCCUGGGCUCCUCACAAGCAACUGGCGCUUGCGAGGAGAAAGGUCCUCAGGAAGAGAGCUCUUGAGUCUGGGCAAGAUCCCAAUGGUGUCCAGCUACAAGGAGUGGUACCAGCCGGACGUAGGUGGGCUCAGAUGCCCCUGGCUGCUUGGGAUUUCACCCUAUAA